GAAUUUUAGAAAAAAAAUGUUUAUGUAAAACAUUACAUAUAGAAUCCCAAUGAUGUGUACGAAAUAUAGAAUAAUUCUAAACAAUUAUUGCUUUACAUCGUGCACUAUUUACAACAUAUCACACAUAUACAGGCAUAUACUGUACACACGAAAUAUAUAAUAAUACAUUUUUCUUUUGAAAAAAUACGACUAUUACUGUGCGUACGGCAUACAAAAAAAUCUUUUAACUUUGCUGGGUGUAAUAAUAACGCGAUUGUGAUGACGGUGAUGAUCGAUGAUUUCAGGGGUUAUUUCGUAUAAAAUUAAUUGUUAGCAUUAUGCAAUAACCACGCAACAAUAUACAUGCAUGAAAUCCGAAGUCGAACGAAAAAGGAAAAACCAUCCGAAUCAAACUCAAGUGUUUAUAUUCUUUGCUGGCAUUAAAUCUCGAACUCGGCGUAGCAUUUUAUUUUUACGAUUAGAUAAGUAAAAAAUAAUACUAUUAUUGUAUUUACGCCGUGAGCCAGGUCGAGAAAAACGAUAAUUUUGAAGGGAUCUAAUAUGAGUUGUGGCCAAAACUGUGAAAACAAUUCAUCACGAUAUUUUCUGUAAUGAAAAUAAAAACGUUUCAGUCGGAUUUCGUGAGAAGAACUUUUAAAUUGAAAAAAAAAUAAAUCAUCAACUUUCCGUCUGGUGCUCGAAUAAUUUUUAUGCUUACUAGGCACGUUUAAUUAUUACGUUCAAUCAUAUGCCUUUCCGUACAAAAAGGGUUCUUCUGAGCGACGAAAUUCCAGAAACGUCCGAAAAAUCGUCGAGGUACACGGAGGUGAAUCUAUGCACGUAGGUAGUUCAAACAUCAAAAUUGAUUCUACUGUACACAUUUUACACACAAUACAUUUAUGUACAUGCGUAGUACGAACAUUGGAGUGUAGGCAAGCACAUGUACGAUCCGCUGGCAGCACGUUACAUGACUAACCGAAGUCACUCGUGUGUUCCUUACGAUUCGCGUGUAAUUCACUGGUGUUAUGUACGCAGUGUAUACAUAAUGCAGCACGUUGUCGUCGCGUAACGUUCGCACCCACACGUACCCCUGUUCGCGAGGGUGCGCACGGACGAGGUCACGGGUACGCUCCGCGAAGUCGUCUUAAUCUUUUCAGUUUUUACCUUUAAAUGUAAAUUUUAUAAUCCUUUACACGUUGUUUCGGUCGAAUAUUAGAACUUUAACGCGUUUUAUACAUUUCUUUACAAAUACGAACAAGUGGUGUGUGAUGCAAUCGAUAAAGUCGAUAUUAUAUAUCUAUACGUUUGUGUUUACCGUUGGCAUUUCUUUUACGCGUGAUUUCCAUUACAAUAUUUUAACAUUUACGUGCAACGUUUUGAAAUAGUUAUUGAGUAGUAGUUAUACGUUCGUCUAGAUGUUUUGAAAGCUACCGACGUACGAAGUCGUAAACCAAUUUAUCGUUAUUGAAUAUUGAAAAAGAUUUAUUAAAUCUGCUAGACACCAAAACUAUUUUGAAUAAAUAUUGCACGAAAACCAGAAAAAUUAUGCUAAUUUAAAAUGUACCAUUGACAUAUAAUUUAUUUGACAACAAGAUUAAAGAUAUUAUAAUGUACCAAGAUGUUACUGAUAUUGUAGUAAAAAACAGUAUUAUACAUUUUUUUUUUUUUUUUAUUUAUGUGAAGACGUGUGAAGUGUGUUUUAAAGUUUUUAUGUAUGUAUUAUGGCGAAGCCCCCACGGCUCCAUGAUGCAUUCACAGAUUUAGCACCCUACAUUUUAGCGGUCUAGUUGCGCCUAUGGUCGUGCGUCCCUGUUCGAGAGGAUAAUGCGAUGAUCGAGAACUCGGAUAUUUCAGCGGUCCCGAUUUGUGUAUGGAGGAUUAGCACGGUGCGGUGCGCUUGAAUCGACAACACCUCUCGUAGUUGCGUGCUGCUGCAAGGGGUGGAACCUAACCAUGGUCGAAUGCAUUCACGUCGAGAAAUCAUUUUCCCGAUUCAGUUUUCGCGGAGGCCUCGCGGAACAGUUCGUCGGCUCCGAGAUUACAAACGCGUCUCCGUCGAUCCGAGUCCGCGACGCUUUGCGAUUUAUGCGCGUACGUCCGUACCUCACGCGACACGCGAUAACCGUGCACACGGCGGCAACGCAUCCGUCACGUUUAGCGCAAUGUGACGGACAGGUUGUGUCACCCACCCGCUCGCACACGUCACGAUAAUUAUUGUUUAUUUUGAUCGUGUAUAGUGUCGGUUACGUGUGGUGGGCCCCACUGCUUUUUGGCCGACGGAGAACAUUCGUAACAAUCGUAACAACAAUCGUAACAACAAUCGUAACAAUAAUCGUAAUGGUUAAAAUAAGUGUACGGUUAUCAUCGCGGCGUGUACGCGUGUGUACGUCGGCGAGUCGGCGGCACGUGUACGGCGAACGUGAAACGGCGCCGGCGGCGGUGCGCGCGGGGGGCAACACCGACCGCCGCCCGAGCGGAAGCAGUUUCGCGCGAGCUACCGGUCUCGAGCACGUUCAGCGGCCAACCAGUAAAACACGCAGUUCAUACCGUCAUCGUAUGCCGUCCGAACACGACCGUGCGCGCGCGUGUCUCCCGUCCUUGCAGUCGAGUGUGUGCCGUGACAAUAUUCAGAACCGUUUCUCGUGCGCCCCUAAUCUACCGUCGAUCGUCUCGUCGGAAGUAAUUACUAACGGUAACUUAGUAAAUUACUAACGGAAGCUAUUACGUUAACGUUCGUCAGACAUCGUUUCCGCCACCGACCAUGAUCUGUUCGCUGUUCGAUUGAACGUCGUGUGCGAUAUGCGUCGAUCGUCGCUGAACUACGUUGCGUUUGUGUGUUGGUCGCGGUGAUGGGAACCGAUCCGACGUCCUCCGCGUUUCUUGGUUACCGCCAACAUCACGUUUGAACCGUGCGCGAUUUCCGAACGUUUUUCCCCGUUCUCGUCUACCCCCUGCUCGUCGCACGUAAACAAAAAGAAAAAUCGUAAUCCGCGCACGCACGCUUGACGUCUCGUCAGCUCACUCGCUCGCCCCGUGCCCGUGAUUGUUGGAUUUUCUUUCGCGAUACAAGUGAUAUACCGUUUCGACGGUAUACUCGCUGUCGGUCAACCGUGGAUUGCAAAAACAACUGGGUGAGUUGAAUGCGGGUGUCGUCGAUGGUGUCGGACAUGAUCACGCACCACGAAAGCGUAAUGAAGGACAGACUGUCCGGUAAAUCUCAUCCAGUGUCGCAAGAGCACAGGGGCAUGGGCCAGUACGAAAACGCGGUUGUCGAAGAUCAGGCCGACAGAACCAAACACCAAAACCAGGUGAAGAACAUCACCAAAGAGGAUCCGAUGUCACAUCGAGUAAUAGAAAAACGACGACGCGAUCGGAUGAACAAUUGCCUUGCCGAUCUGUCACGGCUCAUACCAGCUGAAUAUAUGAAAAAAGGGAGAGGACGAGUAGAAAAAACUGAAAUAAUCGAAAUGGCGAUCAAACACAUGAAAUACCUUCAAUCAAAUGUUUCGCCGUCGGUCGAGUCGACAAAAAGCUCCACGGAACCUCAAGAAAUGGAAAAAGCGCCCGAGGAAACGGAAAAAUCCGUUUUAGUGGCUGAACAGUACAAGAUGGGAUUCUUCGAAUGUUUAACCGAGACCAUGCAGUAUCUCGUCGAGGGACAUGGAUAUCCACCCGGUCACGGGCUGUGCUUGUCGCUAAUCAAUCAUCUGCAAAACCAUUGUGCUCAAAUCAUUAAAGGAAAACAAGUGAUUCGCGAGGUGAUCAAAGACGAGAUCUUAGUGGAAGUAAACAGGUUCAACUCCAACAAGAAAAUUAAUCUGGACAUGGACGACGACGGGAACUUCGAAGAGAUCAGUCAGCAAAACAGUUCGUCGAGGAAUUCAAAAUCUCAGUCGUCCGCCAGCACGUCCAACGACCAGAAUCUGGUGGACCGGUGCAGCAUGUCGUACAUGACGGACUCGUAUUCGUCGAACGGGUCCAUGUACAAGUUCAAGACGGACAUCAAGCAGCGGUUCAGCGCGGAGUCCAGCGGCAUGGACCUGACCGAUUAUUACGGGCCGGACAAGAAACGCCGCCGGAAGGAGUCGUCGGACAGCAACGAGGACCGGCAGGAGGUGCCGAUAUUCGCCCUGCACGCGAACGGCUCAUACUACAUCCCAUUGUCGGUGAAUAGAGAGGUCAUCUCGCCCAUGAUGGACAACGCGCUGACCGAGAACCGUUCGUCCGUCAUCGUGCACCCCAUAUCGAUUUCGGUCAACUAUCAAGCCACCACCGCCGCCAACCCGUUGCACAGCAGAGUCAUACCGAUGGCAGACGACCAUCUCGCGAUCUGAAGGGAUUUUCACCAACCUCCACCACCACCGUCAUCUCUUCGCGGUGAAACCGAACACCGUCGUAACGCAUUAUAUUAUUGUUUGUUAUUUUUUUCUAUUUUCUAUUAUAUAUACAUACGACUUAGAUGAUUUAUAUUUAUAAAAAUGCGUGUACGCGCGUGUCUGUGUGUAUGUGUGUUUGUGUGUGUAUUAUGUAUUAUCAAUAGUUUAAGCGUUUCCUACAAACAUUUUCUAUGUAAAAGUUAAGUUCGAUUUUUUUUUUUUCAUUAUACGAGUGUAUGUCGAAACCAAUAAA